UUUACACAACAAACAUAAAUUUAGAACGAAUAAUUAUAAUAUUAAUAUGUGGAAAAAAUGUAUAAAAACUGUAAAAACUCACGGGUCACUAGAAAACAUAAAGUCGUACUUGUUCGAUCCUUCGUAUACUUCGUCGAUCAAAUGGAUUGUCAUUGCCAUCGAACUUGUGCUAAACUUGUAUAUCAUACAAACAGUCAAGUACACAGAAAUUGACUGGAAGGCAUAUAUGCAAGAAGUCGAAGGUGUCGUGGUAAACGGUACAUUUGAUUAUGGCAAACUGAAAGGUGACACAGGACCUUUGGUGUACCCGGCCGGGUUUGUGUACGUGUACUCCGUACUGUACUACUUGACCGCAUUCGGUAAGAACAUCAGAGUUGGCCAAUAUAUAUUCAUGUUACUGUAUUUGAUCAACAUAUACUUGGUGUUCAAAAUACAUGAACGCAGUAAAAAAGUGCCACCGUUUGUCAUGUUGUUGCAAUGUUUUUCUUCAUAUCGUAUCCAUUCUAUAUAUGUGUUGCGACUGUUCAAUGAUCCAAUUGCCGUAAUACUACUCUACCUGUCCAUUUACAUGUUUCUAAAGAAUAAAUGGGCGAUUGGCAGCAUAGUCUACAGUUUGGCUGUUUCCAUCAAAAUGAACAUCCUGCUCUAUUCCCCUGUACUAUUAAUAGCGUAUAUCACUAAAUUUGGUGUACAAGGAACAAUCAAACACAUAACGUACUGUGCUCUAGUACAAUUACUGUUGGGUUUGCCGUUUUUAAUCAACAAUCCUAUAAACUAUGUACAGGGCGCAUUUGACUUGUCCAGAGUCUUUAUGUACAAAUGGUCAGUGAAUUGGAAAUUCGUCCCACCUAAUAUUUUUGUGAGUGGAUAUUUUCAUACACUGUUACUGGCCAUACACCUCACAGUUUUAUUGUGUUUCACUGCGACAUGGAUAAAGUAUUUGAACUCGUAUGCCAAAAUGAAACAAAUCGAACACGAUUUAAAACCUCAGCUGAAGAAAAAGAAAAUCAACAUCAACAUGGAUAUCAGUGCAAAUUUAUUUUUGUUGCCCAUGUUUUCAGCCAAUUUUAUUGGAAUAAUGUUCAGCCGCUCAUUACACUAUCAAUUUUACGUAUGGUACUACCAUACGCUGCCAUUUCUUUUAUGGUCGACACCUUACGGAAAUAAGUUUAGACUAAUUGUACUAGGCCUCAUAGAAAUAUGUUGGAAUACAUUUCCUGCAACAGCAUUUAGCAGUGCUUUACUACAUGUUUGCCAUUGUAUUAUUCUGUAUGGAUUACAUAGGUACAGGUAUAGAUAUGGAUCUAUAAAAAAAAAUAGGUAGAAGAAAUUAUAUUAUAUU